AGAACUAAAAAAUGGGAGGGAACCGAAAGACAGAUGCAGAGAAGAGGAAUAGAAGGAACUAACUAACCGUGCUUUCAGUUCCGGAUUGCUCCCAGAGUUCCUGACUGCCUUCCAACAGGGCUGCAUGGUUCGCGUAAAUCGGCUCAGUUCGCGACGAUAUUUGCCGGCGCAAAUGGGUUGUUCGUUUUUGCGGCGUCGGCGGAACGGGGUCCCGCGUACCAGGGUUCCAAUUCGCGACCAGAUCCUCGUGAUCGAACACGUCGUCGGCAUCGAGUUCCAGAUCGUCACCUUCAUCCAAGUUCUCACCAGACAAGUUCUCAAUGCUGCUGCUCGUGUAAAGACUCCCACAAGAAUUCGACAUCUGCAAUGAGACACGAACAAUUUUCCAGAGUUCGACAUGGUAACCUGUGUCAAGCAACCACCACUGCUGUUAUCCAGGACUGAUUGCAUCAGCCUUACCCUGCUGACAAGAAAAACCCCAUCAAAGUUCAUAUGCACUGAAGCAUCACGCUGCAUAGAUUAUGGGUUGUGAUGCAUGACAGACAGACGAAUCUCAUCAAGGUUUGCAUUCACAGACAAAUCAGUAUUGAAAGCUUCAAUAAUUAAUUACUUUCUUAUUCUUUUAAUAAAUCAUUGCACAGAAGUCACGUAGGAAAUCGAAUCAAUCUGCGAGCUUUGACAAGAGAUGGCGGCAGAUCGGGAUGUCAUUGUAGCAUCCUUGUUCCUCAUCCUGUCGUCCAUGUAUUGCAAUCACAUGCUAAAAACGGGAACUUACGAGUUUGGUCUUUCACUGCCUAGUUUUGACAGACGUCCAUACUUGUCUGUUUGGCUAACCCUUUCUUUGCUGAAAGGUGUUGUGACUCUUCUGCGCUAUGAUGUUUCCAUGCGGGGAGACAGUAUACAAAGUGCACAACUUCGUCUCAUUCAUGGUGCCGCUUCUCGGGAUGGGCUCAAUUUUGGCGGAGUUCUCCCGGCACCUCGGCCUCAAGUGGCAACCCGACGACGACCGCCUCUGGCUCAUCGGCGCCCUGGUGCCACUCAUCUUCUACGUGCUCCAAGAAUACAAUCUCUUCUACCGCCUCACGCAAGCAGUGCUCACCAUCGACGCCGCUUUCCUCGCUUACAUGAGUUGGGAAGGAAACGCCGUCAUGGGCUUCGUGGCGGCCAUUUGUCUGUUGGUUGCGUAUCAGGGAUUCUCUGGUCGAACCGACGACUUGGUGCCCAAGGUUCUGAGUUACUACGCCACGAGUCUGUUCCUCUUGUCAGCAGUGAACCUGAUUUCUACUUUCGGGGUUGAACCUGCGUUGACGAUUGACGCCUUCGCUUUGAUGCCGCAAUUCAUCUUUGAGGAAUCUCCCGCCUACAUACCGUUGUGAUGACGAGGAAAGAGGCAAAUUUUCUUAAAAAUUCAUUCUUAAAAUUCAUACCCACUCUUCAUUACGUUACGAUUCUCAAUUGUUCGAAAUACAGACUUUUUCGCAAGACGGAUAGAACGAACA